AUGUCAUCAUUGGUGCCGAUCAAGCGGAAGGAAUCCACUGUAGAGGAACGUGCCGACUUGUCAAUAUUUGACGUGUCCUAUGUCAUUGGUGGUGGCGCAUUCCAUGCAAGCGACAAAAUCUUUCAACACAACGGAGGGGGCACAGUUUCUAUCUCCAACUUUUAUGCUAGCGACUUUGGCAAGUUAUAUCGUGGAUGUGGAAACUGCUCUCAGUCGUACCGGCGUAAUGUCAUUGUGAACAAUGCGAGACUCGAAGGCGGUAGCUCGCGUGUCGGAAUCAACACCAACUGGGGCGACACUGCCAGAUUCACCAACGUCUGCUCAACUGGAAGCCGUCCGUCCCUAAUAUGUGCUCCAAGUAUCAAAGCACGACACCUGGAAAUGAGCCAACAAAGAUUGGUUGCGGUGCUGAUUCGUCAUCCUGCAUUUACUCGAAUGUGGGCAGCUGCUAAGGCGCUAUACCAGAAUAUGAUCAGAAAAGCCUCUAUAGGAUCUCUCCGUCAAAACAUGAAGCGCGCCGCUUUUGCUACUUUCAUUCUCUCAAGCGCCGCCGUUACCGUCAAGGCUGUCUGCAUCAGCACGGCUGAUAGCAUCACUCUUUCCGUAUUCCCUUUAGCAAAUGCGACCGAUACUCGCCCAGUCAAGCUCAUCUCGGAUGGGGCCGACACGUAUACUAUGCUCACUUGCAACGAGAACUGCGGUGCCAUUCCCAUCAACAGCUGGUAUCUCAAGGACAAGGUACUGAUCCCGUCGCUUGCCCAAGUUCGAAUCUACACCAUGACGGAUAAUCCGGUGCCCGCCAACACCUCUCCUUCGUUCCAGCGAGUGCUAGUCGGCAACCCAGUGUAUAAGUACCCUAUCUAUUGUAUUGAUGCACCCUCCAAGAACGCAAAAAGGGGGCUGCUUUCGGUCAAUGGUGCAACCAACAAGUUCUACCUCUGCGACAACCUCAUUCCAACAUUUGCUCCUACCUUCCGUGGUGAUAUCUUCUACGAUGUUGACCCCAAUAACUCGAUCUAUCCCCGAGGUGACUGCCGCCGAGCUGGUAUCAUUGCCACAAUCCCUUAA